GGGUCUCAGUGUUAGGGUCUGUGUUCAGGGUCUCAGUGUUAGUGUCUGUUUUCAGGACGCCGGUGAUGGAGCGAGCCGACCGCAGGAACGGAGAGCAGGUCCGACCUCUCCGAUUUCACCUGAACGCACCGCCGGACAUCCCUCUGACUCCUCCUCACAAAGAGGUUCAUGACCGACCUACUGCUCCCACUAAGCCCCUCCCCCCCGACCCCACCCUAAACCCUCCCCCACAGCUGCUCGGAAGACCAGCUCCACCCAACAAGCCCCUCCCCCCUGACCCUGGCACACCUGCACAGGUACACCUGUUAGCAUGUAGCUGUUAGCAUGUAGCCAAUAGUUUGUAGCUUCUAACAUAGAGCUGUUGGAACUCAGCCACUUACAUGUAGCUGUUAGCAUGAAGCUGUUUACAUGUAGGUGUUAGCAUGAAGCUGUUUACAUGUGUUAGCAUGUAGCUGCUAGUAUGUAGCUGUUAGCAUGUAGCCAAGAGUUUGUAGCUUUUAACAUUGAGCUGUUAGAAUUCAGCCACUAGAAUUUAACUACUGUCAAGCCAGCCUCCA